CCAGCGGGGCUCACUUAACCAAAAGCAGGAUUGCAACACCCACAGUAUCGUUUCUUACAAAAUCACGACAAAAACGUGUUCUUUAUCUGUAAUUGUUACAUUUUCCUCUUUCAUUACCGAUCUUAUUUCCGGGUUCACUUCAUUUUGCCUUUUUGGUUAUCGUCUGGCUUUUCUUGUUCAUUGGUUUUCACGAUAUCUAGUGUGGGAUUCAGUUUCGUUUGCGAAAUUUGAUUCUUUUGUGGAUUUUGGCCUCUGAAGAAAACAUCUUUGUUUACCUGGAAGCAAAGGUUCUUCAUAACUUACGCUGAAUUUCACUUUAAUGGUGUAAUUCGAUUGCCUUGCUUCUGGGUUUGCUUCAAAAUUGCAAUUUCCAUCACCUAUAACCUUUUUUGCCCUCCUCAUUCUUGAUAUUAUUUAUGUUUUGUAAGUUUUGGGCUGAAGAGCAAUCUGGGUGAAUUCAGAAUCAGCAGAAUCACCAUCCAGAAUCUUAGAAGUAUGGUUUCCUUGUCUGGAUCAAUGUUGUUUCCUGCUACUUUACCGCAUGGCACUACUCGGUCAACUGGAUUCUCCAUUUGGAGUGCGGACACAAUCACUUCCUUAAGUUAUAAGCCGAGAAAAGAGCAGAGAAAGGUAGCUUGUAUGGUACCUCUGCGGAACAUUGACAGCUAUGAAUAUUCUGCAACAAAAUUCAAUGAUUCGUAUAAACCAGAGCAAUUUUGGAUGGUAAUGGAACCGGAGGAUGAUUCUGAUGUCCUAAUUGAAUGUAAAAAUGUCUACAAGUCAUUUGGGGAGAAGGAUAUUCUGAGAGGUGUGAGCUUCAAGAUUAGACAUGGUGAAGCACUUGGUAUUAUUGGACCUUCAGGGACUGGGAAAUCUACAAUUUUGAAGAUUAUCGCAGGACUUCUUGCUCCGGACAAGGGGGAGGUUUAUAUUCGAGGUAGAAAGAGAGAUGGAUUAAUCAGUGGCCAGGAUAUAUCAGGGCUUCGAAUUGGAUUGGUGUUUCAAAGUGCAGCACUUUUUGAUUCUUUGACUGUACGUGAAAAUGUUGGUUUCCUUUUGUAUGAAAACUCAACCAUGGGAGAGGAACAAAUCUCAGAGCUCGUGAAGGAAACAUUGGCUGCUGUAGGUUUGAAGGGGGUUGAGGAUCGAUUACCUUCAGAGUUGUCAGGUGGAAUGAAGAAAAGAGUUGCCUUAGCUCGAUCUAUAGUUUGUGAUAUCACAAAGGAAUCUAUAGAGCCAGAGGUGCUUUUGUAUGAUGAACCAACUGCUGGACUUGAUCCAAUUGCAUCUACUGUCGUAGAAGAUCUCAUCCGUUCUGUCCAUAUGGUAGAAGAAGAAGAUGCACUUGGGAAUGGGAAGCCAGGGAAAAUUGCAUCUUAUGUGGUUGUUACUCAUCAACAUAGUACCAUUGAGAGGGCUGUUGACAGGUUGUUGUUUCUUUAUAAAGGAAAGAUUGUUUGGCAAGGGAUGACUCAUGAAUUUACCAGAUCAACUAAUCCCAUUGUUCAACAGUUUGCAUCAGGAAGCCUGGAUGGGCCAAUCAGAUAUUAGGACAUGAACCAUGGACUUCUUCCACAAACGAAUUUGGAGAUCAGAAUUUUUAGAAGAUUGCAAAUUUUGCUGCUGUCCUGUCCCCCUGAUUUAGACUUUUGGAAUAAUAUUGUAGCCGACCAAAACUCUUGGCCUCAGAAGAAAUUAAACUGGUUUCCGCUGAGGAGUCAUCUUGAUUUACAGCUUCAACAGUAUAUGCUGUUUAGGGUGUUAGAGGAUGUGAAUUUUACACUUAUACAGAAGAAAUAUAUCCAUUAUUUCUCCUUUAGUUCAU